AUGAUCUUCCUUUUGGUAGAUGGGGACUACUUUCUAACGGGGUUCAUGCCGAACUCCGAUACAGAGGUGAAGGAAGCGGUGGAGCAGCUUGAGGCUGCCCUAGUGGAUCUCAUCCGUGGGGGAGAUGCCUCGGUCUCGAAGGAGGGCGCCGUGAUCAGCUUUGACGUCCGAGUCAUGUUCUUCUCCUCCGCCUUCUUCAACGCACUGGAGGAGCACCAGCGCAAAAUCGUCACCUCCGCCACGCGCCGAGUACGGUUUCAAAUAACCGUGUUGGAAAGCGUCCGCGGCCGCACAGGCUCUCCGGUGGAUGCGGCGCUCUGCACCAAGGCCAUCACCCUCGCAAUGAUGCCCAAACACGGGGAAGGCGCGAACAGGGAUUCCGUCAUCGCACCAGGCCAGAUCUUCUGCUUUGUAACCCCCAACGCGUAUAUCGCAUCGGCGCUGGGUAUUCUCACAAGCCGUGGCUGCGACGCCCUCUUCGCGAUCUACGAAGGCGACGACAUCGCGGAAGAGUUGCUCGGCUACAUCAGCGCCUCCUACGGCACUGGGAUCGCUACGGUGGAAAAGCGCGAGGGGAUUUCUUUCAUCCCCAACACCGAAGCGGCCUCUGCGGUGCUGGCCGCCCUUCAGCGGGAGGGUAAAGAGUUGCCACUCGCUGUGGUGGUGCAACUGAAGCGGCUUCAAGACAGCCUGAUCGAUGACCCUUCAACGGACGUAAAUGUUGGCGUCACACAGGGAGCAAUCCAUCAGAAAUAUAAACGCAAAGUUAGCGAGGAACUGUCGCUCUUCUCACCGCCGCCACUGCAAGGCCUGCCCAAUCCGUUUGCCAGGGAGGAGGAACCCCACAAGGCCCUUGAAAGCGACGACAGCACUCGCUCAUCUAGCAAGGAUGCGGUCCCAGAUAAAGAACCGCCGCAUCCAGAGCCUCCAGAAAAUGACAGCCGCCUACCCGCCACCCCACCCCACCCCACCCCGCUGACGGAUCCCAGUGAUGUGAACCUUUCCGAAGCCGCCGCAUCGGAGCCGGCGGUGUCGACGGAGCUCCCCCCUGGCUGGAUCUUGCGGUACCAUCCGGGCUCCCGGCGCCACUAUUACGUCCACACCGAUUCGCAAAACACCAUUCAGUCGACCUGGGUGCAUCCGUUAGGGCAGAAGAAGCAAGCCGAGUUGGAGCGCCGUGCCGCGGCCAAUUACCACACCGUCCAUCCCAACACCUCAUCGCAGUCCCCCAUGGCGCUCCCGCCAAAUUGGGAACAGCGAAUUGACCCACGAACGGGGUGUGCGUACUUCGUCAACCACAUCACUCGGGAGACCACAUGGACGAGGCCGGAGAACCCCGCGGUGGGGUUUGCGCGCCCCCACCCCCAAUCCCCACAGCCGGCGACCCACAACCCUACGAACGCGCAGGAUGAGUGGGAGUCCCGCGUGGAUCCGAAAACAAACCGCAUCUUUUACGUCAACCACGCCACGCGGCAGACGUCGUGGACGAGGCCGGGUGCCCCUUUGCCGUAUUUACCACCCAAUUGGGAAGCGCACGUGGACCCGCAGACAGGGCGAACGUUUUUUAUAAACCAUGAGACAAAUGAGUCGUCGUGGAAUAUACCCGUAUGA